AUGUGCCCUGCCAUCUUAUCUCCACGUGCACCAGCAUCAAGAAGGUCUGGAAAAUCCUCCCUCCAGAAGACCCUACCAGAAAUGGAUUUACACUCACCUCUCAAGUUUACGAAAUGGAAACCCCAUCCAUUCAAAUCUCAGUUGUGCAGACAAACAGAGUCUCUCAGUAGAAAUUGA